AUGGCCGGACUCAAUGUGCUGAAGAUUAUCAAUGAGCCCACGGCGGCGGCACUGGCCUAUCAGUUGGACAGGUUUGAUGAUAUACAGGCCCGUAAGGUGUUAAUAUACGAUUUUGGUGGUGGUACAUUUGACGUGGCUAUAUUAAAGCUGCAAAUGGGUCAGAUAGAGGUGUGCGCAGUGGGCGGGGAUAACCACUUGGGCGGUGAUAACCUGGAUAACAAUGUCAUAGAGCACUGCCUCAAAGAAUUCUACAGUCGGAAGGGUAUCCUAAUCGACAGGACCAGCGCUGAGGGGGAACGGGCUCUCAGGCUAUUACGCACGCAAUGCAAGCGCGAAAAGUGGUUACUAUCGGAGGCCAUGUCGGCCACCAUUGCUGUGGACAAUAUUAUUGCCGGUCAGCACCUGGUGGUCGAACUGACCCGCGGUAAGUUCGAGGAGCUUAACGAACACCUGUUCAUUAGGACGAUGCAGUGCGUGGAUCGGGUGCUCAUCGACGCCGGUAUGUCCGUCGAUGAUGUAGACGAUGUCGUGUUGGUGGGCGGGUCCACGCAUAUACCCUUUGUUAAAAAUUUGAUUGAGGACCGUUUUGGUGGUAAACUAUCUACAAGAUUAGACACCGAGAAAGUGGAUCCAUUACAGGCUGUAGCUAAAGGGGCAGCAAUCCAGGUGGCUAUACUGAACGGAAAUCAGGCGCAAAAGCACCGGACCCUACGGGUGCUGAACGUUACACCUCACACCCUUGGCGUUAGGACUGCCGGUGACGUGAUGUCGCCCGUAAUCCGGGCGCAGUCCCGGGUGUGCACACCGUUCACCAAAAUAUACAGAACUGUUUGCGACUAUCAGACGGACAUCGAUGUGGAGGUGUAUGAGGGCGAGGAUGCCGUCGCCACCCGUAACGACCUGUUGGGCAGGUUUACGGUCACAAACAUACCGGCCGAGGAGGCCGGCAGACAAAACAUAUCAGUCAUGUUUUGCGUCAAUGACGAAGGUACUUUGAAAGUGAGGGCUGAGGUGCUGUCUAUGGGUACGGCCCACGAGAUUGAGGUCACGGAAUAUAAGGGGAGACUCAGUAUGGAUGAGCUGCUUAAACGUCGGCAUUGAGUAUAGGUUUUCGAUCAUUAUUACAGAAUAUUCUGUUUUUAUUGAGUCUUAAUUGAUGUCAAUUUGAGG